UCAGAAAGUUUCCUUAAAAGACAAGAAUUUAAGGAAAGAGCAAAAGCACAGAGGAAAGAUAAAGAAAAAAUGAAAGAGAAAAUAAAUCAACUUGAAGAAGAACUAAGAAUUUUGAAAACUCAGAUAGGUCCCACAAAGGAAAUUGAGUUUUCCCAUGCACCAUAUGUCGGAAAGGCAGUCCAAAUCAAAUUGCAAGUAGAUGCUUUGGUAAAUGAUUUUACUGACAGAGAACAAUGCCAUCUAAAGAAAAUUGAUGAUCAGAAAGAUCUGAUCAGACUCAAAAACGAGACAAUCUGUGAUUUGCAACAAGAACUACUCAAUCUAAAAAAAGAACUGACUGUUGUCGAAAAGAAAAACCAAAACGAAAUUUCGGAACUAAAAAAUCAACAUUCGGAGCUGUUGAAUAAUUUUGCAAAGGAAAAAGAAGGACAAAUAAAAGAUGUACACGCCAAAAUAAAAUCAAUGCAGAAGGAGUACAUUUUAGAUGGAUGCGCUCGAUCAGAAUUGACAGGUAUUAAAAGACAGAAUCAACAGUUGAGUGGACAGAUAGAGCGUCUCUCUGCAGAGCAUGGGAAACUAUUGUCAAAUAAUUCAGAGCUUGAGAAAACGAAAGAAGACGAACGCCGGAGAUUUGACGAAGACAGAGAACGCUGGGAAAAGGAGAAGCGUGAACUGACGGAGGAGCUGUGGAAAAUGAGAAUGGAAAAAGAAACGCCGAGGUACCCCCUUGUAACAAGACAAAGAAGAAACCUAUCUAAACUGUCUGUAUACCAACAGGAUGGAACCGACGCUCGAAAACGCAAAAGACAACGGAACGACGACUGAUUUGUUGAUUAAAAUCGAAACCUUCUCUAUUGUGUUGGUAUUUGUCAUCAAAACUUUUAGUUCACGAGAGUUAAUUUAAUGUGUUGACAAUAAUAUUACAUGUACAUGUAACUGCAAUUAUCAUUGGAUAGUUAAAUGUACCAUACGUUUUUUCAAUCGUGGUGAAAUGGCAGAUUUGGCUAGAUGUGUUUAACUGGCAGCAAUCAUAAAUACGGGAAAUGCAGUACUAUACACAUGCAAUGUAGAUGGCAAGAUGAACGACAGGUGCAAAUGCCUUGAAUCUAUUUAUUCCAUUUAUACAUGCCCUUUUUCUUGCGUUUUGUGCAUUAAUUGUUUAAAUUUCACUGUGACUUGCUUGUCUAUCAUGACGCUGGGAAAUAUUAUGAUGUAAU